AUGUGUUCGAAAUUUCUCUUUGCUCUGUUCAUCUUCUUCCUCGCAGCCCCCAUAUUUCCUUCCAACAGCAUCACUCUCUACGGCGGCGCUUUCUUGAACGCCGCCUCCAUCGCCCUGUCAAAGGAGAAGAACUUCACCUUCCUCCCGCUGCCUCUGUUCUUCCCGCCGGCUCCACCGCCUCUAUUUCGUGCCAUUUCUCUUUCGCCGUCGACAUGUUUGUGUUACAUCAAAAGGCGCAAAUUUCACGGGCCUCUAUGUGACUACAUGUGCCUCCCAAUUGAGGAACCCUAUUAUCUCGUCGUGGAAUUCAAUUUCUGA